UUUGGUGGCACAUUCGUUCGAUGGCAACGGUUUGGAUAACAGGCGCGCGCUUUGUUUUAUUAUCCACAUUAUCAGCGGCAUUAUUGUUAUUAUUGGCCCUCAGCGCUUUACCGCUCGCCCACGCGUCCGCUCGUGAAUGCCGCGCGGAAAAGUCGCUUUCCACUUGAAGAUUGGCGCACCGAUUUCGAUUCGAGGGAAAUCCGUCAGCGAAAAUCGCGCCCGUUCGUUCGGUCAGCACUAAAGCUAAAGCUAAUAACCGUUCAAAUCGUUAAAACCAUAAAAAUAAUAAUAAUAAUUGCAAUAACAAUAAACAUAGUAAUAAUCGUAACGCUUACGAGCCUUUGAUAGUGCCAAGGCAAGCGCAAAACAAGUAUUCAAAUUCGAAUUCAAUUAACAGCAAAGUGCAAUUGGCUAAAAACACCGAAACCAAAACGCAACAAAGUAUACGAAACACUUGUGAAACUAUAAACAGUAGUGAGAAAAUAUUUUAAAAUAUUUAUUGGAGUUAUUGUUCAACAAACAUUAGUGCUUAAACUAAAUAAAGGUCCGAAGUGGAAAGUGCAAUAAAAAAAAAUAACUUUUUAAAAAAAUAUUUACUAAAUAAAAAUUUAAAAUUGUAUAAAUAUUUUAUAAAUAUUUAAGAAGAACAACAACAAGUUCAUUUAACUAAAAGAAAAUCUUGAAGUUUGUUCGUAGAGGAAACUAUUCAAAAUCUACAAAGAUAUUAAAAAAUAAAAGAAGACAGAUUUAAUUAAAAUUAAAACCAAAAAUUAAAAAAUUUUAAAUUGAUUAAAGACAUUGUGAAAUAUACAAAUCGUAUUUAAAACUGAUAAUUAUUUACAACCAAAUGACCAUCAGAGACAGCUGCAAAAAAAAUAUUUAAAAAUCCGCCAAAAAUUAUAGAGCUCAAGGAAAAAAUCCUCAAGUGAAACAAGUCAAGACCCAAAGGAUUUGAAGCCCGUCUCGGACGGAGCACCGCCAAGAUUCUCACCGCCAGCAGCGCAAUGAACUCGUACUUUGAGCAGGCCUCCGGCUUCUAUGGCCAUCCGCACCAGGCCACCGGAAUGGCGAUGGGCAGCGGCGGCCACCACGAUCAGACGGCCAGUGCGGCGGCGGCGGCCUACAGGGGAUUCCCCCUCUCGCUCGGGAUGAGUCCCUAUGCCAACCACCAUCUGCAGCGCACCACCCAGGACUCGCCAUACGAUGCCAGCAUCACGGCCGCCUGCAAUAAGAUCUACGGCGAUGGGGCCGGCGCCUACAAACAGGACUGCCUGAACAUCAAGGCGGAUGCGGUGAACGGCUACAAGGACAUCUGGAACACGGGCGGCUCGAAUGGCGGCGGUGGUGGUGGAGGCGGGGGCGGUGGAGGAGGCGGCGGCGGUGGUGCUGGGGCCGCGGGAAACGCCAACGGCGGCAAUGCGGCCAAUGCAAAUGGACAGAACAAUCCGGCGGGCGGCAUGCCCGUUCGUCCCUCCGCCUGCACUCCAGAUUCCCGAGUGGGUGGCUAUCUGGACACCUCGGGCGGCAGUCCCGUUAGCCAUCGCGGCGGCAGUGCCGGCGGCAAUGUGAGCGUCAGUGGCGGCAACGGCAACGGCGGGGGCGUUCAGAGCGGCGUGGGCGUGGCCGGAGCGGGCACCGCCUGGAAUGCCAAUUGCACAAUUUCGGGCGCCGCCGCUGCCCAAACGGCGGCCGCCAGCAGUUUACACCAGGCCAGCAAUCACACAUUCUACCCCUGGAUGGCUAUCGCAGGUGAGUGUCCUGAAGAUCCGACCAAAAGUAAGAUAAGAUCUGAUUUAACACAAUACGGCGGCAUAUCAACAGACAUGGGUAAGAGAUACUCAGAAUCUCUUGCGGGCUCACUUCUACCAGACUGGCUAGGUAAGUGUCAAACAUUUAUUAUACCCAAAAUUCCCUAAAAGCAUUGACAAAGUGAGUAAAUAAAUACAAUAAUAAAACGAACGUAUUCAACAGUUAAAGUAGCAACUGAAGAAAAACAAUUUUCCGGAUUAGCAAAAGAUGUGUAACAAAAAUUGGAAAAAUUACUCAUGCGUGCUUGGCAAAGCCCAAAAGCAGAAAAACUUGCAAAUUUCAGGCGGUCCCAACCCCUCGAAAUCCUCGGGCGAACUCAACGCCCCCAUUUAAAUUUAUUUGCCCAAGUUUACUUUCCCAUAGCCCGAAAUCAAAUCCAAUCAAUAAGUAUCUUAAAUAAAUUCAUGGCGCCCACACACCCCAAACAUCCAUCCCUUCAGAUUUUUUUCUUUUUCCCGGCAGCCACUUAGCUACCUCAUUUUUUGUAAUGCUAAAUAAAUUUAUUUGCUAAUGUAGUUUCUCAGCUUCUUUUUUUCUCUCCUUCUCCGUUUCUCUGGAGAAGUGCAGUGGAGCAAAGAGGGCGGGAGAAACAAAAAAAGGAGCAAGAGCAAGCCAAACGGAAUGAAAAAGAAACGUUGGUACUUGUUAGUUUUAUCUGCAUAUCAUUGAGAUAAAUUUGGUGCCGAUCAACUGUCUGUCUCCGUCCCUUUUCCACUUCCCCUCCCGCUCUCCUGCCGUCCCUUUCCCUCGAACGGCGUCUGUCGGCUGCCGUGUGGCAGCAGCACAAAAAAAGUCUGCAGAAAAGCCGCUGAUUUGCAUACGAAAGUAAUUUGAUGUCUUGCGAGCAAAACACACUCACACACACACAUACACACACCGCAUCCGGAAAAACAGGGCGGUGGGUGGAAAAUAAGCCCUAGGACACGUCAUGAGUUACAUUUCCUAGUCAUCGAUAAGCGGAAAAAUCGGCGGACGGAAGCUGGGAAAGCAAAAGCGGUUUUACAAAUUAAUAUAAACCAACUUAGACAUUUUAGACUACGUAUUUUUUUGGCAAUUCUAAUUUGAUUUUAAAGCUGUAAAAUUAUUAUAAUGAAUAGAGGUGUCAUUUUAAAAAUUAUUUACAAUUGAUUUUCCUACAAAAUUAAUCUGCCAAAAAAGUACUUUCAAGUCAAACAUUUUUUCAUUAAUAAAUGUUUAUUAAUUUUUUCAAAACAAAAUUUCUUUUUAUAAGUAUGACAUGUUCUAAGAAAUAUUUCAACAAUUUCAAUGAUGAAUGAUUGUUUGAAUGAAUUUAUUAUUAUUUCAACAAAGUAUUGCCUAAAUAACACAGAGGAAAGCUUAAAAUAUUUUCGAAAAACUUCACAGAGCCUUAAUAACCUAAUCCCAUUAUUCACACUUAAGAAGAAAGAAAGCCGAGCAAUAAAUCUACCCGAAUCCAAUUUCCACGCAAUAUAACAAUUACUCAUUGACCAAACUGAGCCAGAAUCAUCACGGCAAGAUUGAUGUUUGUGUGCCGGCUGGAUUUAUGUUCGACAAUAUUUUCCUGGUAGCGCCGGGAUAGUUUUCCGGCAUUCCCUAAUUUGAUUUCUGGAGAAUUUUCAAUUAACCGAUUGUCAGCUUAGCCAACCCCCUUUGCCGACUCAUAUGGUGGUUCGCUCUGAGGUUCGGGGGGUGGCAACCAUUUUGCGAGGCCAUAAUAGUCGCGGCCAUUGUAAAAUGGCCGCCACAGAGGGAAAAUUUAAAUUGAAUUUCCCAAAAACUCCCACCAACCCGUGCGAAGCUCGUGCGCUCACAUAGUUUUAUAGUUGUUUGGUCAGUGCAUAUGUAGAUUUUCAGCUGACCUGACAAAAGGCAAUGUCAACCCAUCUUGCCCACGCCCCCUUAUCCACAAUGACCCACCACCCACUGAACAAUUUAUGAUCCUGCAAAAUUCCUGACACUUAAUUGUCUGCGUUUAAUGAAUGAAUAAAUGCCGGACCACAUUGUCACCCACUCGAUCCCCAUGGCACUGGUACACACAUAUAUUUAUCGCAGUCGCCCUGGCGGUGCCAUUAACUCUCGAUUAUUAUUAGUUUUGAUUCGAUUUUUCCACUUUUGAUUCGCAGUUUUUAAUUGAAUUUUAAUGAAUUUAAUGUGCCGUGCUCCCGAAUGCUUUUCGUAUUUAUGCCGCCCAUUUAAAUACACAUAAUGACCGGUCGGAGUUAAUCAAAGUGCGCUUGAUUAUUUUCGCUAAAUUAAAUUUUAAUCAUAUUUCGGUGGGAAUUUAUUUUGCACACUAGUUUAAUUAGUUUACACAGCUCUACAAAUUUUCGGAAGCUCGUUUUCUCUGCUCUUCUGCAUGAAAAAAAAAACCGAGAAAAAAAACCGACAAGGACGACAAACGUUUUAUUUUCGUUAUCUUUUUGCCGCAGGCAGCUGCAAAUGCCACGCAAAUUAAACAAGCUACCUUUUUUUUGGUCCUUUGGUUGGUCCUUUUUUGUUGUUGCCUUGCCUACUGAUUUUUUACCUUUUGCUGGGUGACAAAGUGGCUUCUCUCUCCCUUUUUUUUCCUUCAUUCCUGUUCUUUUUUGUGGGCUUGCCGGGGGGUUAAGGGGGUGGUGGAGAAGGGGAAGGCAUCCGGUUAUUAAACACCCACUUAUUACCUCUUUUUAUUUACAUAUUCAUGCCGAGCACUCCGCGCUCUGCCGGCCUUAAUUGGCAGCCUUCUUAUUUGGCCACGUAAAUUUCCCGGCUCGCAGUGCCACCAAUGCCACAACUCCUUGCAACCUGAGCUGAGCUGAGCGGAGUGGAGUGGCACUGCCCCUGACUCCUGCUAAUCGCAUCAUAAAUAUUCAGUGUGCCUCGGUUUGGUUUUUUGAUUCCAGUUUUCACACCCUCGGGCUUUUGGGGCGUUUAACGUGUUUUAUGUCUGGCCAAAGCGGCAAACGGCAGAAAUUGUUGCAUACUGCGCGGCGCACGCAUGUGAAAAAGGGUUUUUCGGGAUGCUGGACCCCCAGAACAUAAAUAAUUUCACUAAAUUACGCCACACGGAGCCGGAGGAUCGGUUCGGAGUGGCGUGGAGUGGAGUGGCAAGGCCUGUAAAUAAUUUUUCUCAACCAAAAGUUUGUUGAACUUCCCCGCGGCGGCUGCGGGUCCCGCUGCUCGGAAAUUAAUUGCUUAAUUAGUUACGGCCAAACACUUUGAAAUAUGGCCGACAUCGGUCGACUGUUCACGACUCUCAACUGCUCAUAAUUGCUCUAUUAAAUGGGCUCACUGUUAUGCUUCUUUUUUUUAUUCGGCGAUUUUUCGAAGGCUGGCCAGCCUGCACUAAUGGCCUUAAAGCCCAAGCCCAAUCCCAAUCCGAAGCCCUUUUGCCUUUGCGACUUUCGUUUGGGGGCUGAGUUAUUCGACGACUUUGCCAUUAGCCGGGCCAUAUAUUCUAUAUGGUUCCAUAGUCCAUGGCCGCUGCAACAAAAACAUGUUUUAUGUCGCCCCUAAUGACCCCGGAGUCUCCAGAUUCGAGCAGUGAGCUCCGAGCUGCGAGUUUGCGAGACUGGAGACACUUAAUCGCUUUGAAUUGCAAAAGCAAAUAAUGUGCAAAAAAGCAUAAGGAUAAAGGAUAAACCAAAGCGUCGCCAUUCCAAGUGUGUGUUGGUUGGUUGGUUGUGUGUGUGUGUGGAUGUCCUGGCGGAUCCUUGUGGCGUCUUUGUCGGCUCACCGCCCCCGAUUCCAAUCCCAAACCAGAAAGCAAAUCCAAAUCCCAAACCAAAGAGAACCACUGCGGCGACCACUGCAGAAUGACGCCAUUAUUUUGACAAAUUUUUUGGCAAUCCACGCUGUUGUUGUUGUUGUUGUUGGUGGGCCAACAUCGCUUGGCUUUUAGCUGCGACUGCUGUCAGCUUUUGUUGGUUUUUAAAUUGCAUGCAAUAAUUCAAUUUUAUAUUUCCGCAAAAAAAACUUUAUCAUUUUUAUUGGCGAGCGAAGUUUUUCUUCCUCAUCGCAUGGGUUAGCGUCGGGGGAGGUCAAGAAUUUGUUGGCAAAGACUUUGCAUGGAUUGUGCGGCCAAUAAAUUUAUUAAUAAAUAAAUAUUUGCACAGGCCAUAAGAGCUGCAAAUUUAAGGGUUCCUCAAUUUCAUAAAUAUCUUUCAUAUUUGUAGAUAAUAUAACCAUAAUUACAGAAAUUGGAUUGCUGCCAGAUAUUGCACUUUAUUAAAUAAAUUAUUCUUUUUUGUACCUUUACAUUUCUGCCUUCCUAAAUUUCAAAUUUUCAACUUGCUUACAUAUUUAAGUUUAGUAAACACGACUAUUGCUUAUUUCGAAUAUUUCUGGUCACAAAAAUUGUUUUGCCAUUCGAGUUUCGAACAAAUGAAAACAAUUUCAACUAUUCCGAGUUUAUGGCAAACUUUGCUCAAUGGAGCAAAAAUAUUCCGAGUCGCCGGUGGCGCCACAAAACUGUCCCCUUUGUUGGGCAUUGCUGGCUGCUGGGGAUGCUCCCUGUUUGGCUUUCGGCUUGUGGCAGGCAGAUAACAAAUAUUUGCAGGAAACCCCGAGACCCUUAAUUAGUGUAAAGAAGCCCCCCAACCUCUGAGCUCCACACUCCACUUUCCACUCAUAAAAUGCGAGCAAGGAAGCAAUUUAUCAAAGUUUUGUUGCUUAAUUGUCGUUUGUGCGGGUGUUUUGGUGUUUGGGCCAGUGAAAGUUUAGUGGGUGUUGGGCGGAAAAGCGGGGCGGAUGGGGGUUAAAACCCGAUGACUGUGGGCGUGCUCCGUUCAUUUGGCUCGCAAGUUGCCCAAGGACGAGUGUAAUUAUCCUGAUAAAUGUUCUGCAGAUCCCCACCAUCAACCAUCAUCAUUAUCGAUUUCUGCCCCGGAAUGGCCGUGUGCAGUUCUCGAGAUAUUUUCCACAUCAUAAAUAUAUAAGUACGCAAAGUGCGGCCCGCCGGUUGGUUGGCUGAGUAAACACACGGGUCCGGGCCAUCGCCCGUCACAUUUAUAACAAUUUAAAAUUGCUCGAAAAAAUGGCAAUAAAAUCCCACAGACAAACGAAAUUACGUGACCAAUGUGUUUUAUUACGAUUUUAUUGCGAAAAUGCCAAGAAGAAGUCAGGUUCGUGCGGCUGCAAAGUGGGUGGCUUGCGGGGAUUUCGCGGCGGCGGCAAAAAGAAGGGAAAACCGCAAAUAUGAGACUGCGUCUGGGUGGAGCGGCAGCAGAUUAUUUAUCUUUCGGCUGAAAUCGGCACAGAAGCGCAAGGAGGCAGCAAACGGGAGCAGGAAUCCAGUCGAAGGGGGUGGCACGUGAGUUUGCUCGACGGCCGAGGGUUGCUAGCAAAGUUUACCGCGAUUUAUCACGGCGCUACGCCGCAUCAGGUUAAUGCACAAUUUAUGAGGAAAAACACGGUCCAGCCAGGAAAAAACUAGAGUUUAAUUGGAUCCGCGCUCGGGAAAAUGUAACUCAGCUGCCUCAGCAGGUUUAUAAUAUCAAGUGACUAGGAAAAAUCCAUCCCUUCAUUUUCGGGGUGGACAAUCAAAGGGGUUGCACCGGAGGCAAAACCAUAAAUGGCCAAAUACUAACGCCCCUCGGUCUCAUAUUGGUCUAUUCAAAAUGUAUUUUGUUGUCGACAACAUUUUAUUAAGCAAUUUGCAUAAAUUUCAAAGGCCAUAUGCUGCACAAUCUCGUGAAAGGGGUAAUUAAUGUUGGGCAGCAAAAAAAACUGAGAUAACUGAGUUAGAAAAACAGAAUUAGCUUUCAAUUCCCGGGAGGCGAGAACUAAAGGUUAUUCGAAAUCCAAACCUUGAACUAUCAACCAACAAUUACCAGGCAACUUUUUCCUCGCCAAUCUUGAUGGCUUGAUCAAAUGGCUUUCAAUAUUUUUGAUUGGUGCGCUCCAUUUCCAGACUUUCGGACCAUCCAUCCAUCUAUUUUCCCCCCAUUUCCACCAUUUUCCAGCCAGCCCUUCACUGCAAUCCAUCUUGGGAUAAUAGUUAGUGCUCCCAUAUUGUCCGCAUAUUGAUUAAAGGUAGGGAGAAUAAAUUGUGGGUCUGUCGAACGGUCGAGCGGGCAGCGGGUGGUUAUGUAUAAAAUGUAAUUUUCAACAAAUUAUAGCAAUUUUUAUGCUUAUAGAAAAGCGCACUGAGCUCGCAAUUUGCUGCACUCGCUAACCCUAAAGGGUAAAGAGCGAUUACUUUUAUUAUUCCAACGGACCAUGGACGGUGGAUGGUUUUUCUUUUUUUGUUUUCUGGUUUUUUUUUUUUUGCAUAGCCAAAGGGGAUCGUCUGUGAGCACGGACAGAGGUCAAUUCCUUCAAAAUCGCCCACUGAUUGAUGGGUGCCUAGGCAAUAUAUAUGUUUCGUAAAUUGCACACAGAUUUAAUGCACUAUAAUGCAAACUGUAUUAUUACGAACGAGGAAUGUCCUAUCUGUUUUGCUUUUUCUCUGGCGGCUGGCUUCCUGGGAUAUCUGGUUUUUCUCCUUUUUUUCGCCAACACAGAGAACAGAACCGAACAGAACAGAGCAGAAUGGAACGGAGAGUCGUAAAUCCGCCGAAACUGUCCACAGUUCUUAACUCAUUUGGCUUGGCAAGGCGAUGAAAGAGCCAGGGCAUAACGCGCGACGUUUAUUGGCUGCGUCUGGCCAUUUAUUUCACUCCUAUGAUCGCUGGCGGAAGCCAUUAAAGCCGCCACCGAGAAGCCGGCUUGGCUUGGCUUGGCUUCUUAUUUUUCUACCUGCCCUCCGAAAAACCGGUUAGUGGUUGCUGCUACUUCUCCAACUGGCACUCCUGACCAUGGCCAUCCAUUUGGCUGGCAAUUCAUCAGCUGCAUCUUUUGGCGACCCAUUAGAGCGUCGCCUUCUGUCUUCUGCCUUCUGCCUUCUGUCCAAUCCACGUGGUUGAGUUACCCGUCGACGGGUUAAUCAUAUGCGCAAGUGCCAAAAGCCGAUCUCGGCCGGUUUGGCCAGUAUUGGCCAAGCAGUCUGCGUGUGGUCUCGGCCAUGUCUAUGAGGCAUCUGCCUCCGCCUUUUUGUACCCCCCGUUAGCCAUUCCCGAUCUGAGCGGGCCUAAGCACAGUCAUUAGUUUAAUUGCACUGUUUAUGGAGGAGCACUGGCGAGCAGGUUGUGGCUUCCACCGCCACUGCCACUGCCACUGCCUCAUCCCGUCAGACGCUCCGCUUAUUACCAUUUCGCAUGCCGCACGCCCAUUGCGAUAAUGUUGUUUGGGCCGUGUUGUUUUAAAUUAAAUUAAAUUUAACAUCGGUUAAUAGAAAAUGCAUGAGAAUCGUCGGUGGGCAAGGCCAAAGAAGUAGUGGUGAACUAAUGGAAAUUGAGGGCUGUACUGAAUGGGAAAAUUGAAGAAAGUUCUACAACAUUAACAUCGGAAUUCAAACUCAAUUAAGAAGCUAAAAAGAAAAGAAUUAACAAGAAAUGCUAUUUGGUAUUCCUCAAGCGCAGGAAAUCAACAAUUAGAAAAAUAUGGACGUGGAUAUUAUUGUAAUAAAUGUGUAGGGGUUAUUAUAAAAUGCCAGGACUCUCUUAAAAAAAUCCAAAGAAUUAAAUUACUUAGUCGUGAUAGAGUCGCUUCAAACUCUUAUAAUCUUUGAUAAAAAUCUAGAGAAAAUUCCAACAAUUAAUUUACUUACUCGUGAUAGAUUCGCUUUAAACUCCUAUAAUCUCCGAUAAAAAUCUAGAAAAAAUUGCAACAAUUAUUUUACUUAUCGUGAUAGAUUCGCUUUAAAGUAUUAUAAUCUCCGAUAAAAAUCAAGAGAAAAUUCCAACAAAUAGAGUAUAAUGUUUACAAUCAAUUUGAGCAUCUUAUCGCGACAAAAUCGACAAGUGCAGCUGCGACGAAUGCGAGCAGCAAAACAUUUAGAGGCAAAUAAUUUCCAAACAUACUUAAAAUCAAUUUACUUAAUAACCGGGCAAUUUGAGCGGUGGAAGGAAGGAAGGCAGGAAGGGGCUACAACCGAAACGCAUGUGUACCGGGCCAACUAAACAUGUUGCAUGCCGCACAAACUUCUGCCGCGUCCGCAGCGGCUGCUCAAUUCAUUUUGGCAUGCGAAUAAUAAUUUCCAGCCAAAGCAGAACAAUGGCCGCAAAGCGUUGCACUUGUAAAAAAAAGCACAACAGGAACAACAACAACAACAACAGCAACAGCAGCAACAACAGUGGGCCAAGUUAAUAAUAGUUGUUCCAACACAUACCAAAAAGCGAGCCUCCUAGCCGGCGGGUAAUCGUUUUACUCACCCGGCAAACUGGCAACGAGCAAUUUGAAAGCGCACAACAGCAACACGGCGAGCGGCAACACCAACAACACGAACAACAACAACAACAACAACUGCAACAGCAACAACAACAACCGGCCAAAACAAAUCAACAGCAACAGCAACCUGCUGACCAGUCGCAGCGGACUGUGUUUUUCAUCUGCACAGGGAACAAAAAAUACAACAAAAUAAGUCUUCAGUCAGAAAAAUAAAUAUUUUAUGAUAUCCUCAUAUUACAUUUUUUAAAAAAAGAAUAAUUCAUUUUUUAUAACGAUCUAUUAAUCAGAAAUUGGCUUCAAUUAAUACUUCUUGAAAUGAAAAAGUAUUACAAAUUGUAUAACAAAAAAGCAUAUGUUUUAAAAUUCAUCCUCUUGGGUUUUUGGAUUUCCUCGUUUAAAGAUUAAAAUCAUUCUUUCAAUUUAUAAAAAUAUUUAUCCAAUAUAAAUAUCGUUCUAGUUUCUUUCACUUUUUGUUAUGGAAGGUAACAACUAAAAGGCUCAUUGCUUAGAAAAAGAUCUUAGCAUCAGAUAAAAGUAGGUUUACUUGCAUAACUUUUGCAAAUUAUGAGCAUUUUAACAUUAUAAAAAAUCUCUGAUUGAUUUUAUAAUAAAGAUAGCUAUAUAAUAUUUAUUAAAAACAAUGUUUUGCAGUGUUCCCAUCAGCAUUGCGAUGGUCAUCGGGGCUCGUUCCUUUUUUCACGCGCCCAGGAGCGUGUCCCAUCCAUGUCCCUGUCCCUAAGCCUUUGCCUUUACUUCGCCUUGGCUCUUGUUCUUGUUUUGGCCAGGCCAAUGCCAGGGUCCGUGUUCGCAUGCGAAGGAAGCGAAAAUAUGCAAUGUCGGUCUGGUCUAAAUUGUCCGAGGUCCCGCCAAUCCCCCGAUUUCCAGACCAAGUGCAACUGCAAUCAACUUCGACUGCCUCUCGGCGUGCAUAAUUCGCUGUUGUAGUGGCUUGUUGCUUAAAUUGCAAAUUUAUAAUAAAUAGAAGUCUGUUCAUUUCGCUCCUUCGGCGUUCAAUCAUCUGGGCGGUGGAUUAGCCACUUAACCAUUUGGGUGGGUGAAGAACACGCAUUUCAUUUCAGUUAAAUGCCUUACCUUUCGGAAUUCGUUCCGGUUUUUAAGCACCUAAUCUGGUUUUCCAUUAAAUAGCGAGGCGCUUAGAAGGUGGAGUCUUUGGUAAAAAUAUUGUUAUUAAAUCAGGAACUCACUUGAAGCGACUUUAAAAUAAAUAUUACAUUUUGUAAAUUUAUUAUCCCUACCCUACCUUUUAUUUAAAUAUUUUCAAAUUACUUACCAUAAAUUAAAAGGCAAAUUUAUUAUUAAUUGAGUUUCAUUGAGGCACUUUAAAUUAUUGCUUACAUUUAUUUUCCUGCAAAUCUAUUUAAAUAUCUGACAGAUUAUCAACAUGGCCCAUAAAUUUCCCACAGUUCGUUAAAGCAUUUAUUAUCUUGAAAUCCCGAUCUGAAAAUAACAUUUCAUUUAAAGUCCAAUAAAUUGCUGUAUUUUUCACUCCUUUACCAUUAAAAUAAUGGAUUUUUCCCCGGGCAUCCAGCGCUCAACUAAUUAAAACUAAGCUCAAAUGGCCGCCUGGGCGUGCGAAUUGUUCCUACCAACUUAUUUGUCAAAUCCACUUGGCCAUGGUCAAGUUUUUGUUUCAGCCAGAUACCAGGAUAUACGAUAUAUACACACACAUAUGUGUGUAGUUGUGCACUCUAGUUAGUUUUUCUGCCGAAGCAUCCAGCAUUUUAGAGCAGAGUUUGUUUUGUGGCCAUUUUAUUGCAUAUAUUUUGUAUAAUACGAGGCCAACAACAACAGCAUAAAUGCCAAAAAAUAUAUACGUUUAUAUAUGUUGUAUGUUUGUAUGUUUGUUUGUCCGAGCUGACUGCAGAAAUUUGUGUGUGGAGAGAUAAAAGUGCCAGGGCAACUUGUCAUAAUAAAUUUUGCUGCUAGAGCUGCGCUGCGCUGGCUUUUGCCUUUUUUAUUUAUGCGCUUUUCAUAAAACACAAUAGCUUUUGUUUAAUAACGCUGCGAUUUAUUUUUUUAAAUAACGACGAGUGCAACAACAUCGGCCUUAAUGAAGCCCACCAAGCAGACAAUUUCAUGGGCUUCGAUUUUCCAAAACUCUUUUUUCGACCGAUUUUUGCAAUUAAUAAUUUGCAUAAAUUUAUGUUCGCUUUAAUAAUCUGUUAACUACGAAAACAAAGCCUGGGCGGAUUGCAUGCAGCCAGGGAAAACUGUGGAAAGUCGGUGCAAAAAGUUUAUCAAUGACUGCACAGGCCCACAAAUAACCAUCGUCCAGCGAUGCAAAUAAACUGCAACACUGUUUAGAGACUGCAAUGCAAACCCCCUUAGUCUCCCUCCCCCUCCCCCCUUUUCCUCCACCCCUUUUCCCAGUGAAAACAAUGUGCAGCAUUGAAAUGAUUAAAACAGCUCCGAAUUGCUGCAGCCACAGCCCAGUUGAGUUCGGUUAUGGCCAGGCCAAAAGCAUCCAGCAAACCAGCAUCGAGAAUCCAGCGGCCACAACAACUGGCUCGAAUCUCUCUUUGUGCAAGAGUGUGUGUAUGUGUGUGUGUGUGCGCCACGUUAAUCUUUGAAAAUCCGAGUGCUGUAUGCGGUAUUAUGCGAAAAUUUAUCUGAUUUAACACCUAAUAUACAAUAACUUAAUAUGCAGUGUGCUCCGGCACUUGCACGAGCGGUGGCGACCCGGGCCUGCAGUCAUCCACCAAAGCCGGGCUCCACCAACCAGACUCCACCCCCCUUUCUCCUCCUUUCCCCUCUUUGGCCAUCCCAUCUGCCAGGCUUUGAUCUCGACCAAAAGCUAGACCAGCCACGGUGGGAUAAUCGAGUGAUUGGGAGCUAUAAAAAUGUGAAAUGUGAAAAAUUAUAAACACUUAGAUGAAUUGAUAAUACUUGGGAUGGAAAUGAUAAAUGAAAAUAUUUCGAAAAUUAAUAAAAAAAGAAGUUUAAAUUUAUAAAAAUGUUAUUAAACUUUCAGCAUUAGAAAACCAUUUUUAUUAAACUAUUAAAAAAGUGAUUUAAAGUUUACUAUAAAUGGGACUUAGUUUGUUAUAAGACUUUUGCUGUUCAAAUUGAGACUAUAGCAGAAAUUUUAUAAAAUUUAAGUACAUUUAUUUAAAACGUUUGACUUCCUUUGGUUAUGACCGAUUUAGAGUUUUAAACCUUUCCUUUUGAAUUUUGUAUCCACUGUAUUCAAGCCGCAACAACAAAAACUGCAAACUGCAAUGCUCAGCGCCCAUUUUGCGCCCAAAAAAGCUCCAACAAUUGCGGCUGGACUUACCCCUCCCUCCCUCCUUCACACACACAUAUAGGCUGGCAAACACAUAUGCACAUUGCAGUGUCCGUGCUGUGUCCUGCCACUCCCCCCGCCCCCUUUUUCCCCUUUGCCCCACACAAUCCGUGUGCGUUUCGAAUGCUGGGUCUCUGGUAUGCGGCGUUUGGAAAAUGUGAAUAUGAACUGCAUAAAUCUUCCAGGGCGGCACUCUUUGCCACUGCGCCUAAACCCCGCUCCUCCUACCCCCUCCCCCUCUCCUCCUCCCCCUUCCCCUGGAAAAGCCCCCUUCUCCAAAACUCUAGAGGCAAGGCUUUACGGCUUUUCGGCUUCGUACUCGCCGUUGACUCGCUCAAAAUGCAAACGGACAAAAAAAUAACAGGCGGCCCGCUGGCGCUGAAGCGAGUCGGUGCUAGAGUCCUAGUCCUUGUGGUACACUGAAAAGAAAAUAUAGUAAAGAAGAGCCCUAAUACUAGAUAAACAUCCAUUAGAUAAGUUGGAAAAAAUAUAUUAUAAAUAUUGAAAGGUAAAACUUCAUAAACUUGAUCUAAACAGGAUCAGUUUUUUGAGGUAGAAAUUUUAGUGAGAUUUUCUUUCUAUUUGCUUUUAUAAGGUUUAAAAUCUGAAACAUAACCUUACUCACUAGUAGUAAAGUCAAAUUACCUUAAAUUGGUUUUUAAUCAUUUUCUAGUACCCACAUUUAUUUCUUGCAGUGCACAGCACACAUAUUCCUGGGCCGGCCGACUAAGAUAUAUGGCUAUAGGUAGUCGGAGCGCAAAUGCGAAUAGAAUGUGGCGGCAUCAAAGUUCAGCUCACUUACUCACCCGGCGAUGAAAAGCGGGAAAGGGGGGAUUUUGGGGGUGCUGAAGGACUUUAGUUUGCUGCAGUUUUAU